UAUCUUCAAAAUGUUUCAGUCAGACUUGAAUUCUGAUGCAUGGAAAAAAGUCUGAUAGUUGAAUUCUUUUCACAGACUGCACCACAGAAACAGCACUAUGGAAAAUCAGUCAAGAAUUGAUGAAUUCCUUCUGCAUGGAUUUCCUAAUACUAAGGAGCUUCGAAUAUUCCAUAUCAUCAUUUUUUUACUAAUUUAUUUGGUGUCCCUCAUUGAGAAUCUUGUUAUCAUUACUGUUAUUCUUUAUAGUCAUCAACUUCAUUCACCCAUGUAUUUUUUUCUGGCUAAUUUAUCCUUCCAAGAUCUUGGCUCCAUCUCUGUCACUGUUCCCAAGUCCAUGCUGAAUUCUUUGAUGAACACUGAAACCAUUUCUAACUCUGGAUGUUUUUGUCAAGUUUUCUUCUUUGUUUUCUUUGUAAUGUCUCAUCUCUUCCUCCUUGUUGUUAUGGCAUAUGAUCGUUACGUAGCCAUCUGCAAUCCAUUACACUAUGAGAUGGUGAUGAAUAAAAAAGUCUGUGUCCAAAUGGCAACCAGUGCAUGGAUGGGUGGUUUUUUUUACUCAGCUCUCUAUAUUGGAAAUUUAUCCACAGUGGAGUUCUGUUCCAGAAUUAUCAAUCAGUUUUUCUGUGAAAUUCCUCAGUUGCUCAAGAUUUCUUGCUCUGAAUCUUAUGUUGCAGAAGAGCAGGCACUCAUCUUUGGUUCUUGUGUAGGGUUCUUUCUUUUUGCUCUGAUUGUCUUUUCAUAUGUUAAGAUUUUUAGAGCAGUUUUGCAAAUCCCAUCUACACAGGGGAAGCAGAAGGCUUUCUCUACUUGUUUACCCCACCUUAUAGUCAUUUGUCUGUUUAUAGUUAGUGGUACCUUUGCAUACCUGAGACCCACAUACCGUUCCCCAUCAACAUCAGAUCUCUUGAUUUCUUUGUUCUACAGUGUUGUACCACCACUCAUAAACCCUCUAAUCUACAGCGUAAGGAACCACGAGCUCAAAAUGGCAUUCUGGAAGCUAGUUUUCCAUACAUGUUCAUAUCCCUUCUGCAAAAAUCAUUCUCAGUUUCAGCUACACUUAUAAACAGUUACAAUUGUUUAUAUAUGUUCUAGAAAUAUUGUAAUUAAAAAAGAUCUUUGAAUUCCAUGUCUGAUGGGUGAAAUAUAUAUAAAUGUUUUCUCACAAAUAAAUAUUAUUCCUCAAUAAAUUUGCCCAGAAUUGCCAUUAAAUCACAAGUAUAUUUUAAUGAAUAUUAAUGUUUUGUGAUAUAUCAGUGUUGACUAUAUAUUACUGUGUUAUUUAGAUGACUUUAAUUUUGUGUUUAAAUAAUUUUAAUAUAAUACAGUUAUCAUAUCUAAAUAUGAUUCCACAAUGGUGUUAUGUAUUUAAUCUCUUUUCCUUUAAAAUUCUGUUAAAUAAAUAUAGAUCCUAUCAAGAUGCACAUGUCUCCUUCUCAGAGGGAUAACAUAAUAUGACAAGUACAAUUCACUGAAAUGGAAAUGUUCUUGGGAAUCUAAACAUAUCUUGUACAAAUAUAAUUUUGAGUUAUUCAUAAUGGAGUUGUUAUACCAUAGGAUUUUAUUUAUAAAUAUCUCAGUUUUCCAAGAAUUUUCAAAUGCGAUUUUAUCCUCAAAUAAAGAACCAUAAAAAUUGUUAAGGAUAACAGAUGUUGAGGCUAACUGGGACUUUGAAUCUGAAAGGAAAAGUUGCUUUGAGAUACAUAUUGUCAACUUAAAAAAAAAUCACUGUGCUUUUAGUCCUAAUUUAUUUCUGUAGGCAUCCAUUGAGAGAUGGUUUGAUUUGAUUUGCAUGUAUGUUUUAUGCCUAUACGUAUACCACUGUUUUGAAUUACAAACUUUGGAAACGAAUGUGCAAAAUUAUUUAGAUUGAAAACAAUGUCUUCUAAAAGUUGGACACAUUUUGUUUAAAAAUUGCCAGUUAGUGUCAUAAUGCCCAUUCAUGAAUACCAUUUGCUUUCAAAUCUAAAAUGUUGCCUAGUUCUACUUCAUUUUGACAUCUUUCUACUGUUCUCUGCAUAAUAUAAUUGGGGAAACUCCAUUAUAGUUCAAGAGGGAAAAAAAGAAAGCCUUGAGUCAGUUUCAACACCUCUCAACCCUUGGACACAUUCAUACAGCUUUGGGGCAUACAUGUGGGUUGUUUGUUCCAAUAUGUUUUUUUCAGUGAGGAAUAUUUUUUAUCUUCCUAGUCAAGACUAUAUCUUUGUACUCCCUGAUGAUCUUGAAUUCAGUGAUUAACCAACUCAAACUCUGCUGAACUUAUAAACAGAUCUCUUUAGAUGGUCCUUUGCCCUUUCAACUUCAUUGUUUUCUUCUUUGAUUUUCAUUGCCAACACACAAUACCUGAACCUUUUCUUCCUGCCCUGUAUUUACAGCCAUUUACUAUCUUGUGCUAGCCAAAAGAACACCUUUGAAUUUUGAUAUUGGGUCAUAUAGCUAAUGCUCUGAAUGCCAGUCGUUUUAAGUGACUAUCCUUAAAAGUCCUGCUUCCCUGGGAAGAGUUUGUCAACUUUGCAACAAUAAUGUCGAUGAAAAGCAUGAUUCACUGUCAUUAUUAUUCCAGGCUUCUAGGACUUUUAGUUCUGCUUGAUUCCAGUCCAUUAUUUCAGUUCUGUAUAUUAUUAUUAUUGUUGUUGUUGUUGUUGUUGUUGUUGUUGUUGUUUCCAAAUCUAAACUAACUAAACUAUUAUAAUAAAACACAGUAUAUAAUUCCCAGUAAUAAAACUUUUGUAAUUGAUGAGCUGAGAUUUUAUCCAUCCCUACUCUCAAUGUAUUUUUCCACAUUCAUUUAAUGUUUAUUUGGUGGUCUAUAUUUUCCCAAAUUUCUUUAAU